AUGGGCUCUCUUCACUGGGCUUGGAGCUCUGCUGGGUCUCUGUGGGGCUGGGCGGCAUCCAAGCUGCACCUGGACUGGACCACUAGGUUCUUUCAGGAAGAUGAGGAGAUGCUGGUUCUGACUCAGAGAGACGAGCUGAACCGAACCUACAGUGAGGACAACAGAUUGCCUCUGAACAGCACCACAACCAAGAGGGGGCCAAGUUGUGACAAAACCAGAACCAGCAGAACAUCCACUGCAGAAAACAGCCUGGUUCUGAUCCCGAGGGAAGAGCGUGAGGACAGUGGACUGUCUGUUAACAACACCAGAACCGAGGAGCAACAAAGUCCCGAUAACGUUAGAAUAUCAUCUGGAGAAAACAGCCUGGCUUUAACCCAGCAUGAUGAUCAGAACAGCAUCACCUUGAAGGAAACAGCAGCUUUUCAAGAAACCAGAGCUACCAUAACCUCCGCUGAACCCAGAACCACUACCAGAACCUCGGCUGCUUUUCCACAGAACUCCCUUUGUUUCAACAACAGCACAACCAAUGGCAAAGGGAGACCAAAAUCCACUGAGAACCAAGACAAGAAGGCAAGACAACCGAACUUCAAUCAGAGCCAGAGACCCACAGGACUGGGCUGGAGCAACAGAAGUUUUCUGGAGGUCUUGAACAAGCCAGGGAACAAGAAUGGAGAGGAUGGAGAGGAGAGAAAGGAGAGAGAGGAAACAGCAGAAGAGUCUCCUCCGUUGUCUAUCAGACUGGAAGAGGGAGCCACAUUGGGUUUGGUCAGUGGAGGUCAAAGCUCCAGUGUCAGCACUGCAGCUCCGAAUCUCAUUCCCACUAUCACGGCCUGGGAGGCUGGCUGGAACGUCACCAAUGCCAUACAGGGUAUCUUUGUGUUGGGGUUGCCCUAUGCUCUGGUGCAGUCGGGCUAUCUGGGUCUGGUUCUGUUGGUUCUCUCAGCCUGGGUCUGUAACCACACAGGGACAAUUCUGGUGGCCUGUUUAUACGAGGAGGAUGAAGAGUCUGGUUCAGUGUCGCGGGUUCGAGUCCGACACAGUUAUCAGGGCAUAGCGGAGGCCUGCUGCAGGGGACUGUGGCCCAGGUGGGCUGGACUGGGAGGCUGGAUGGUUAAUGUAGCUCAGGUCAUUGAGUUGUUGAUGACCUGCACCCUGUAUCUUGUCGUCUCCACCAGUCUCUUGUCUGACAGUCUAUCAGGGGUGGCUGCUCCUAGGUCAGUGUGUUCCCUCAUAUCUCUGAUGUUUCUGCUGCCCUGCCUGCUGCUGACUGACCUCAGACCAGUCUCCACCCUCAGCCUGCUCUGCUCACUCGCUCACUUACUGAUCAGCUUGCUGGUAAUGCUGUACUGUCUGAGUCGAGCCAGCAGCUGGUCUUGGUCGUCUCUGUCUCUGUCUGCGGACCCGGAGGACUUCCUGGUCUCUGUGGGCGUCAUCAUCUUCUCCUACACCUCUCAGAUCUUCCUCCCUCCUCUAGAGGGCAGUAUGGAGGACAGAGGGCAGUUCAGCACCAUGUUGGGGUGGACGCAUGUUGCUGCCUGCGUCAUGAAAACAACAUUCUCCUUACUGGCUGUGUUGACCUGGGGGACGGAGACAAGUGAGGUCAUCACAGACAACCUGCCCUCUGACCUCCGACCUUUAGUCAGCCUGUGUCUGCUGGCUAAAGCCCUGCUGUCCUAUCCUCUGCCAUUCUACUCUGCUGCUGAGAUACUGCAAACCUGUCUGCUCACAGGUGCUGCUGUUUCGUCCUACUCCAGAGGCCACUGUCGAUGUGUAUCUCGCCCCGCCUUGCUGGUCCGUGGCACCUUGCUGAUCACAUCAUAUUUACUGGCCCUGCUGGUCCCCAGGUUCUCCUUGUUGAUGGGUUUGACCGGCAGUGUGACUGGGGCGGCCAUGACCCUCAUACUGCCGUGUCUGUUUCACCUCAGGCUGCAGUGGGGUCGACUCAGCGUGAAGGACAGAGUCCUGGAUCUGGGAAUACUGAGUCUCGGGCUCAUCUGCAGUGUCUCUGGAGUGAUAUGUUCACUGAAAAGACUGGUGGUGGGGCUGUAG